CUUAAAGCUCAUUCUAGUCCAAGCCCUAGCUUCAGCGAGACGAAAACGUAAGUUCUGACGUGUCGGGAUCUCACUGAGCCUGAAUCGUCGACGACUCGGAGAAUCGCAGGCGCCAAGUUUCCUGGCCUGGAAGAGGGGUCGCCCAGAGUGCGAGAUGCAAGUGGGGAAGGUCUGUGUCACGCAUCCGGGGAGAGAGGCUCUACUUAGAAACACGGAGAAAUCUUGGGGGCGGGGUCAAAGCCCAUCCUCUACUCCUAUUUCCGAAGCUCCUGCUCAUGGAGAGUUCGAAUCGUUCUCUGAAGAAUUCCAGGCCCUGAAUCCCAUGAAGCAGGUGCCAGCCCUGAAGAUCGAUGGGAUCACCAUUGGCCAGUCACUGGCCAUCAUUGAGUACCUGGAGGAGACCCGGCCCACACCGCGACUCCUGCCUCAGGACCCAAAGAAGAGGGCCCACGUACGCAUGAUUUCCCACCUCCUGGCCAGCGGCAUCCAGCCCCUGCAGAACCUGUCUGUCCUGAAGCAAGUGGGACAGGAGAACCAGCUGACCUGGGCCCAGCAGGCCAUCAGUUCUGGCUUUAACGCUCUGGAGCAGAUCCUGCAGAGCACAGCGGGGAAGUACUGUGUGGGAGACGAGGUGUCCAUGGCUGAUCUGUGCUUAGCGCCUCAGGUGGCAAAUGCUGACAGGUUCAAGGUGGAUCUCACUCCCUACCCUACCAUCAGCCGUAUCAACAAGUCACUGCUGGCCUUGGAGGCCUUCCAAGUGUCUCACCCCUGCCGGCAGCCAGAUACACCCCCUGAGCUGAGGGCCUAGCUCUCAAACCGCGCCCCACUGGUGCAGGGGCCGGGAGCGGGUGCGGGAGCGGAAGCUGCGUGGGCUGAAGAGGCCUGGAAGCGAGCGAGCCUUAACUGGAGAGGCGGAAGACCUGAACUCCUAGCCCUUGAACUUGAACUCUAGCCCUGGAUUUGCCUUCCCACUGGAACUCCUUCUGCCUCAGCCCCUUCGUCUGUCACAUGCGGGCAGAAUGGGGUGGGAGAAUGCCGGGAGGCGGGUAGGCAGGAAGUCUUCAUGACUGUGUCGCGGGCAGUCAUGAAGAUGAAGUGAACGUAGACUAAAACGUAUGGCGGGUUUACCAGAGAGCCAUGAGGAAGUCUGAGCGCCUCUUCCCAUCCCCUCGACUGUACCUGACUCCAAAGAAUGCCCACACUGAUAACUGAUAAUUAAACUAAAGCCCAGGCCUCCGGGUUGUUCACUUAAACUGAGCUGGGUUCCAGAAGGUGAACACUCUUCCUAGCUGGAAUCCCUCUGCGUCUGGACCAGGGAAGAAAGCCAGCCAGCCACUUGCCCACCCUGUGGUUGGCCUGGCCCCUGGGACCUAAGGGCAAGGAAGAGAAAUAAGCCCAAAAGCCUGCCUGAGAAAAUCAGACAAGAUCCAGAAGAGAACAGGUAUAAGAAGCAGGAAAGAAAGCCUCCUGUGAC